AUGGUGGUGUUGAUUUUCGUUAUGGUGUGUGGAGUUUACAUAUGUUCCCUCUGUCUCAAGCAAAUUAGUGUUAGAUCGUCUUCGAACGGACCUUUAUCGAGCUUUCAAGUAGCUACGAAGCCUUGUGAAGAAGCCACUGAUAUCGAGCCUUCUGAAAACCCUUACGUACAUUUCCCCAAACCAAAGACUUUCAGCCGGAAAGAAUGCGAAUGCAGUCCUGUCCGGUAUUUUGCGAUUUUGUCGACUCAGAGGUCGGGGAGUGGAUGGUUUGAGACAUUAUUGAAUAGUCAUAUGAAUAUUAGUUCGAAUGGGGAAAUAUUCUCGGUUAAGGUUAGGAGGAGUAAUGUUUCUACUAUUGUGGAGACAUUGGAUCAGAUUUAUAAUUUGGAUUGGUUCACGAGCGCUUCGAAAAACGAGUGCACGGCUGCAGUUGGGUUGAAAUGGAUGCUCAAUCAGGGCUUAAUGCAACAUCAUGAAGAAAUAGUCGAAUACUUCAAGUCUAGAGGGGUUUCGGCUAUUUUUCUAUUUCGAAAGAAUCUUUUACGCCGAAUGAUUUCAGUUCUAGCAAAUUCUUACGAUCAGAAUGCAAAGCCUCUCAAUGGCACUCACAAAUCUCAUGUCCAUUCACCUCACGAGGCUGAAAUUCUUGCGAGUUACAAGCCCACGAUUAACACAACUUUGCUCUUACCAAACCUAAUGCAAGUCGAGGAUAUGGUUAACAAAUCCUUGCAAUACUUCAAUAGCACUCGGCACAUUAUCCUAUACUAUGAGGACAUCAUAAAGAAUCGAACUAAAUUGUUAGAUGUUCAAAAUUUUCUGAGGGUUCCAAUACAGAAACUAAAUAGUCGACAAGUGAAGAUACACAAAGGCUCCUUAUCGUCUCAGGUCGAAAACUGGGGAGAAAUCGAGAACGCACUUAAGGGAACUCGUUACGAAAGCUUCUUGAACGAGGAUUAUAAGUUCGGACGGCGGCUGAGUUCAUUGCUGGCUAAACCCUCUGGGCCAUUCCGUCUCCUGGUGCUGGGGCGGGUGGUCCGACGGUGGGGAGUUUCGGGCUGCCAGCGGCGGUUGGUUUUUUGGCUGCCGGUGGUGGUGGGCAUUCGAUUGCUCCCAGCCGGUUUGGUGUUGGGGGUUUUCAGCUGGAACUCGCGGGGGUGCUCGGGGUGGUUCUGGUAG